AUGACGAAGUUCCGCCCUUGCAUUGACCUGCACUCUGGAUCUGUCAAGCAGAUUGUUGGCGGAACCCUUACGACUACUGACAGCGACCUUAAGACCAACUAUGUCUCCGAGCUGCCCUCUGGGUACUAUGCGAAGCUGUACAAGGACAAUAACUUGACGGGUGCGCAUGUUAUCAUGCUCGGACCUGGGAAUGAGGAGGCUUCCACCGAGGCCGUCAAGGCUUGGCCCAAUGGACUGCAGGUCGGAGGUGGCAUUACGGACGGAAACGCUGCGAGUUGGAUUGAACGCGGGGCAGAGAAGGUGAUCAUAACUUCCUACCUCUUUCCUUCUGGCAAAUUCUCCCUCGAGCGUCUCCAGGCCGUCCUCUCAGCGCUGGGUAAUGACAAGGAGAAGCUUGUCAUCGACCUCAGCUGUCGCAGACGCGGCGACACAUGGUUCGUAGCCAUGAACAAGUGGCAGACGAUUACGGAUAUGGAGCUCAAUCAGGAAGCCAUCUCCCUCCUCGAGCCUUACUGUGCCGAGUUCCUGAUCCACGCCGCUGACAAUGAAGGCCUUCAGCAAGGCAUUGACCAUGAGCUCGUGCGGAAGUUGUCCCAGUGGUGCUCCAUCCCGGUGACAUACGCCGGCGGUGGGAGAAGCCUGGAAGAUCUGGACACGGUCAAAGAGUUGAGCGGCGGGAAGGUCGAUCUGACUAUCGGCAGCGCCCUGGACAUCUUCGGCGGCAGCAGCGUAAAGUUCGCGGAUUGCAUAUCGUGGAAUAACGCCCAGCAAUAA